AUGGCAACAGGAUGCAACGGCACUUCUUCCAAAAGGAAGCUGGAAGUCCUUGAUCAAGAUGCUUUCCUGCAGAAGUCCAAGGCUGCACGCCUGCGGCGAAGCCCUGAAGGCCACUUCAUCAAGGCAAUGUACUCCUCGCUGGUCGACAGCAUCAUAACUGACCCCGAGAUGAUGGUGAUACCUUUGGAUGACCACUCCAUCGUCAGGGGCCAUGCUGUCUUCGACACCUGCACGCUGGCAGAUGGCAAAGUGUACAGGCUUGGCAUCCAUUUGGACCGUCUCUUCAAGUCAGCCAAGCUGGCAAAACUGAAGCUGCCGUUUGGUGACUCAGAGGAGGAGAACCGAUCAAGAAUAACCGACAUUGUUUGCCAGACCUGCGUCGCUAGCGGCCUCAAAGAUGCAGGUGUGCGAUUCUUUCUCACUGCAGGGCCUGGCAACUUUGGCUUCACAACAGCAGGCUGCGAGCCGGCGUUCUACGUGAGUGUGCUCACAGCAGAAAAGGUGGCUGAGGCCAAAGGCAUUGGGGAGGCGCUGGUGCCUGAGACCGAGGUACCCAUGAAGCCAGCCCUGCUGGCCACCCUGAAGAGCAACAACUACCUCCUGAACUGCAUGCUUGCCAUGGCUGCGCAGGAGAGAGGUGGUCGCUUCGGCAUCAACAUACGCACAGACGGCACGGUUGCAGAAGGCUGCGUGGCAAACUGCGGCAUCGUCACCAAGGACAAAGUCUUCAUCACUCCUCCGUUUGAUGGCAUCCUUGCUGGGACCACCGUGCGCAAGGCCAUGGAGCUGGCCAAGAAGCACUUGAUGGGCGAGGCCUUGAAGGAGGUGAGACAAGAGAUCCUGCACAAGGAUCAACUCUUUGCAGCCCAGGAGGUGAUCAUGUUUUGCGGAGAUCUCGGGGUCUUCCCGGUGACCACUCUCGACGGGUGCACCAUCGCUUCCGGUGAGGUGGGUGCAGUGGGCAAGGAGCUGAAGCGGCUCAUUUGGCAGGUCGCCUUUGAAGGCACUGAGGAGCACAUCCAGCUGACGUACUGA